GGUCACUCGAAAUAUAUUGGGCUGGGGUAUGAUUUCAUGCGCUCGCCGACCUGCUGAACAUCGAAAUCACUCUCGCUCUUUCUUUUUCCUGGGUGCACAUCAAUUUCCCAGUUUUUCUCUCUUCCAGAACUCUCGUUUCUUCAUUCUUCUUUUCUGGGGUUUUGCUAUCAUCAAUUAACAGAGAAAAAAGGCAUCUUCAUAUUCAAUCGCCACUAAACAGCAAAUUUAACUCUUUAUUUAGUCGGAAUAUUGUUAGAAGCGCUCCUUUAAUUCGGACAAAAUGGCGACUGUGAUGCAGAAAAUCAAAGAUAUCGAAGAUGAGAUGGCAAGGACCCAGAAAAAUAAAGCUACUGCCCAUCAUCUUGGACUGCUUAAGGCUAAACUUGCAAAGCUACGGAGGGACCUCUUGACGCCCUCAGCGAAAGGAGGUGGUGGUGCUGGUGAAGGUUUUGAUGUUACAAAAAGUGGAGAUGCCCGGGUUGGGUUGGUUGGUUUCCCAUCGGUUGGGAAAUCAACUUUGCUUAAUAAGUUGACUGGGACUUUCUCUGAGGUUGCUUCGUACGAAUUUACUACAUUGACUUGCAUUCCUGGAGUGAUAAUGUACAGAGGAGCUAAAAUUCAGUUAUUGGACUUACCAGGUAUCAUUGAGGGUGCCAAGGACGGAAAAGGUAGAGGAAGGCAGGUUAUCAGUACUGCAAGGACAUGCAAUUGCAUAUUGAUUGUUCUUGAUGCAAUAAAGCCAAUUACUCACAAGCGUCUUAUAGAAAAAGAGCUCGAAGGCUUUGGCAUAAGGUUGAACAAGGAACCACCCAAUUUAACCUUCCGAAGGAAAGAGAAGGGUGGUAUUAAUUUAACCUCUACAGCUACUAACACACAUUUGGAUCUGGAGACAGUAAAGGCCAUAUGCAGUGAAUACAGGAUUCACAAUGCUGAUAUCUCCCUUAGAUAUGAUGCGACUGCAGAUGAUCUCAUUGAUGUUAUUGAGGGGAGUAGGGUUUAUAUGCCGUGCAUUUAUGUUAUAAACAAAAUUGAUCAGAUUACUCUCGAAGAGUUGGAAAUUCUGGAUAAACUUCCACAUUACUGCCCAAUCAGUGCGCAUCUAGAAUGGAAUCUUGAUGGUUUGCUGGAGAAGAUCUGGGAGUACCUGAACCUUACUCGUAUUUACACAAAACCAAAGGGGAUGAAUCCAGAUUAUAAUGACCCUGUCAUACUUUCGUCCAGGAAAAGAACUGUGGAAGAUUUCUGUGAAAGAAUUCACAAGGAUAUGGUCAAACAAUUUAAGUCUGCUCUUGUCUGGGGAUCAAGUGCGAAGCACAAACCUCAAAGAGUUGGCAAGGAGCAUGAACUUGAGGAUGAAGAUGUAGUUCAGAUCAUCAAGAAGAUUUGAUUGAAGUUGGCAUGCUAUUUUUGAAUCAAGUGAUGGCCAACACAACUCAGUCAAAAGAAUUUAGUUAGAGAAAGCUAAGGUACAGAGCUCAUGUUCUUGAUGCGAACUUGAGCACCCUGCUCUGAUGGACGGUUCACUAGCAUGUACAUUUGUUUUUCCUGUGAUGCAAACCAGAGUGCUUCGGGAAUGUACACGUGAAAAGGCGAUUAGGAACCAUGCUGUUGGUAUCUAAUAUAAUGUUUUGGAAUUACUCGAUUAGUACCAUGAGCGACUAUGUAGAUGGUAUCAUGAUCAUGUAGUCCUGUUUUUAAGUUUCCCUUAGGUCAGAAGUGUUGUUCCUGGACUUGGGAGUUUUGUGUGGCUGUGAUUGAUGAUUAUUAUUAAAAAUUAUACUGGUAA